ACGCGUGUGUCUUUGGUUUUGGUUUUAGUUUCGUGGCAGUCGCUGCCGACGACGACGACGACGAUCGCACGCGAUCGCAUCGACGACGACGACGACAAACCCCUCCGAUCUCGCCGAGAAACGCGAGAACACGACGCGCCUUAUCACACGCCGGUGUCGUUUUUUCUCCCCCGAUUAAAUCGACUCGUAGCGCGCGCUCGCACGACCGCGAGAUCACGCGCCUCCUCCGCGCGCGGGUACCCAGCUGCAAGCAGGGCUGGAAACUAAAUCCGAGAGUACGUGUCCCUGAUAGCACUCCCCGAGCCCGUGUGUGCACACUGUGUGUGUCUAUAUGUGGUGUGAGAAUAAUCCUGAGAGAUAAAGAUUUAUUCGUGUCGCGGAGCACCACGCCUGCUCCGUUCACCCCGUUCGAGACACUCGAAUAGAAUUUACGCGGUUCUAUGUGAGAUUUAAAUCCCACCUCGUGUCUAUCGCGAGUGCGGUGUACCGUCGGACGGACCGCGAGUACUCUUCCCCCUCGAGCGCCGUUUUACGCAAGUGCCGCUUUGCGACUGACGCGGAACGAAUUGUUGUUUUUUUUUUCUUCUUAAAAAGACAGAAGCACUAAUUAUAUUGGACCAUCCGAUAUCCUACGUUCGAAAGAUACCCGGCUCCCGUUCUGGUCUUCAUUCAGUUUGAAACACUCUAUUAAUAAUCGAUGUAUUAUCGACGUAUAUUCUAUGUGAAGGUGUUCCCGAUUUCUCGUGACAUUAAGUUCAAGACAUUCUCUCGACAGGGAGACAGUCGUACGGACGGAGAUAACCGUUGCCGUUGUUUAAAGAAGUGUGAAACUGAUGCGCGAUAGUGCCACCUGACCGCGUCUCUAAAUUAAACCGCGCGGCGCGCAAAAGGAGGACCACCUACCAAGAAUAACGUCAGUGGCGAGAGGUGAGGGGGAGUCGGUGGUAAAAAGCGGCGCGCAAAAGGCACGCGGCCGAGCCUCGGGAUCAAAGUUGAAAUUCUUCGAGAGGUGGCGGCGAGGGUGGCGAAGGAAGACGCGUAUACGAUCAGAGGAAGUCAAAGCGAACGAAGAGAAGGAGGACGACGACGAUCGGGUCGAAUGCCGUGAAAGGCGGGAGAACUUUCGACGAAAGAAGAAAGGGAGAGAGAGAAAAAAAAGGGGAACGACUGGUUUUGUUAAUCAAAAGAUUUCGAGACACGCGUCCAGCCUAACAACGAGCGAGGGGAGGUAGAGAAGGGGGAGGAGACGAACGUGAAAGAACUCGUCGGAGUACGUGAAUUGUGUCACUGGCGCCUGUGCUUUUUGUCACCGCCGAGUGAAUAGAGCUGACGAAGAAUAAGGAUCCAUCCUUGAAUAAAUGAAUGAAUAUUAUUGAAGUGAAUGUCGUCGAAUGCAAAUAUGUUUGCGGAAGAACAGUAAUGUUAAGGAAGAACGCGGAAAGAAACUAAAAAUCGUUUUUCGUGACAAUUAAACAAGUGUUGCUGCGAGAGGGUGUGAAGAAAAUACAGACACUCUCCUUCAGAUUCUAAUUGUUAUAUUUUGAAGUGAGAGACGUAAAAGAAAGGGGGGAUUCAGCCAUAGACGGUAUAUAUCGUGUGUUACAAAUAAUAAAAAAUAAAUAUUAUUUAUUAAUAUAUAACUAUAUAUUUCUAAGUAAAAUAUAAAUUAAAAAAAAAUAAAAAUUACAUACGCGAAGACUUUGAGAGCAGCGUUAUACUGAGAGCGUUAAGAACGAUCGAGUCGAGAAUGCCUGGAUUCUCGGAGUCCUUCGAGUGGUCGCGAUCGAUCGAGGAAGCGGCGGCACGAUCGAAAUCGUUCACGGAUCCGCGUUCGCCUCGCGGGGAGGAUUGUCGCUGAAUCAACCUCCCCCCGCGGUCGAAGACUCAAUUCGCAAUCGAUUGAGAGAUCGAAUGCUGCUCCCCGUGACGGGAAAACGUAUUCGACGUGUUGAGUGCAGCCAUCGUGACACCUGAGCCUCGGCACAAGACAAUAUCGAAAUGCACUGCGCAUCGGGAUACAUGUUUCUGACGAGCCUGCUGAUGGUGCUAAGGACUCACCGAAUGGGCGCGGCUGCGGAGGAGUCGUUGGAGUUUCACAACAAAGCGCCUGUGAGAUUAGUCUGGGCCACCGAAGGCGACAACGUAGAGCUGCCAUGCGACAUCACACCACCGAGGCCGGAGGAUUCGGUUAACAUGGUUCUCUGGUUCAAGGACAAUGCCGGGAUACCGCUGUACAGUCUGGACGCGAGGAACGGUAGCUUAAUUGGCGCCAUCCACUGGGCGGUCAGCGACGAUCUCGGGAGACGGACGUACUUCCAGGUUGGCGACGGCCAACGGGCGAAAUUAAAGGUCACCAAGGUGACUUUAAAAGACCAGGGGAUCUUCAGGUGCAGAGUGGACUUCGUGGACUCGCCGACGCGAAACUUUCGUGUGAACUUGACUCUAGUUGAACAGCCAAGUAAGCCCGUGAUAUACGACGCCCAAGGACGGGAAGUGACUGGGGUGGGCGGCCCUUUCCUCGAGGGUUACAACCUUGCUCUGAUAUGUCAAGUUUCUGGAGGUAAACCUAAGCCUUCAGUGACGUGGUGGAAGGAUGGUGAGCUUUUGGACGGCGUGGUCGAUACUUCGUCUAUCGGCUCAUCAAGUAGAUUUACGGAGAAUCACUUGUUCAUCGACCAAGUCACCAGGUCACUGUGGGGAGCUAAGCUCGAAUGCAGGGCUCAGUCCGGACCCAUGGAGCAACCUGUCGUCCGGGAAGUGCCCCUCGACAUAUAUCUCAAACCGGCAAUCGUGAAGAUUGUUCUGAGCGAGGAACAGAUCUUCGCGGGUCGCCCGAUCGCCGCCAAAUGCGAAACGUGGGGCAGCUCUCCAGCGGCUAGGAUCAUUUGGAGACUCGGCGAACGCGUAAUGGCCGAUCCCAACGUGUCGACCACGCAAAGGAGUAACUCGACGGUGAGCAAGCUGGCCUUGGUCCUGCUCAAGGAGGACGAUGGCAAGGAACUAGUCUGUCGGGCCGAAAAUCCGAGAUUUCCCGGGGGAGUGCUCGAGGAAGUGAAAAUACUACGCAUCUCUUAUGCUCCAGUGGUGGUCGCUCGUUUGGCUAAUGGCUACGUCUUGGACACUUUGAGGGAGGGCGACGAUCUCAAGUUGCUCUGCGACGUUCAGAGCAAUCCGCCACCGACGCGAGUGACUUGGUACCACAAUAACCAGCGGCUAGAGCACGACGUAAGCGCUGGGAUUCUGGUGGCCUCUAACUCGUUGACCCUCCGCGUGCUGACGCUCGCACACGUCGGCGAAUACUCCUGCGUGGCCACGAACGCCGUGGGAGAAACUCCUAGCCCGCCGCUUUUUAUUAACAUGAAAUACGCACCGAGGUGCAGAAAAAAUAGCGAAAGAAAAGAAAUCACCGUCGCUCGUCACGAGACCGUACAGCUCAAGUGCGAGGUGGAAGCGUUGCCUGACGACUAUGUACGAUUUUCAUGGACCUACAACGGCACUGUCGGUGAUGUUCUACCCAUGCCGAACUCGAGAGUCGAAAAUAGAGGGCUCGUGAGCAUGCUAGAAUACACCCCCAACGCCGAGACUGAUUACGGCACGUUGGCUUGCUGGGCGAGCAACAGCAUCGGACGGCAAAGGGCACCGUGUAUAUUUAACAUCGUACCUGCCAAACCACCGGAACCACCAUCGGACUGUGCGUUGUACAACGAGACUAGCUCGCUGGAGGUUAAUUGCAUCCCGGGAUCGGACGGCGGGUCGCAGCAGCACUUUUUACUGGAAGUACGAGGGUCUCUUAGGAAUUCCGGAAUCGGUCAUAUCGGUCCCCACACCCUUCAGACGCCUCAGAGCGAUCAGGGAACGGUCGGGGAAAUUCCCCCGAUAUAUCAGGACAUGAAUCCAACCCCGAACUUCCAGCUUCACGAUCUUGAACCAGGGUACGAUUAUACGGUAUACAUUUACGCCGUCAACGGACGUGGCAUGAGCGAACCCGUUCUUCUGGAACACGUCAGGGUCGUCGAACCUAUCGGCGGAAAGCUGGAAAGGAGCGGGAUCUUUUUGGAAGAUCUGAAAAAGGCGCUACCGCAAGCCAGCUCCGAGAACAUGAUCAUCGCUAUCGCACUGACAGGUACAGGCGUUGCAGCGUUGGUCCUCAUUGGUAUCGGAAUCGUCAUCGGCGUGGCGAUCUGCAGGAAGAGAUCGAACACUCCCGCCGUAGAAGGUCCCGACGAUUUCACUACGCCGACCUACGUUCCGGCCCAGAGAAUCGAGCCCAGGAUCAGAUAUUCCAACGAGAAUAGGCGUUCUCAAAGAACGAGUCUCUACAUAGAGGAAAAUCGAAAGGAACCAGAUUUACUUCAGCAAGUGGAGCUUGACUUACAAGACUAAACCACCUGAUUCUGUACAGUUAUAAAUAAUCAAGAUACAAAGUGCAAUGUUAAGUAGAAUUCCAUACAUAGAGUGCAAUUGUGUUCCUCGACAUUCGUGUAAAUUUGUAUGUCGCGGUUAUCGAAUUUAUAUCAAACAAUUGUAAAAAUCGGAAUUGACUAGACCGAUAGUCAUGCAAAUUGCUUAUUCGACUCGAAGGAUUGACGAUGGAGCGACACGUAGUACUUUUUACGAUCGCGUCGGGAAAUCUGCCGGCCUUCAGCCGGCGAAUCGAGGCGUCACGAAACAUUCUAUUAGUUAUUUACUUUAUUUGCCUUAUGCAAAGCGUAAAAGAUCCGCAGCCGAAAUUUUUAUGUUAAGUUGUAUAAAGCCUAGGGUUAAGAUAACGUUAUAAAAUGUACAGCUAUUUUUACAGGAAGCUAAAGGUGGUACGGUAUAUUUCCGUACAUUUGCAAGUAUUAACGUAUUAACGUUGAGUUAAAAACGUGAUUUUAUGUACCUUCGUCGCUUAAUAGAGACUGCUUCAAAAAGAUUGUAUUAAUUAAAGCUUUAAAUUAAAUUUGGGACGUUUGGGAUCUGUACAAAUUUUUUCGCUUGUAUUUUAUGAAGUUUGAGUUUCUCCGAUUAAAAAACUCAAAUUUGUUACUGCUUAUUUCAUAUGCAUUAUAUUUGACUUUAUACGUUGUUGCAAUCGACUUACAUUUCGGAUUUAUACUUUUUUUUUGAAGCAGUCAGUAAUUUAUAAAUUAUUAUUAAUGGUUAAUUUGUAUGAUCUUUGACCAGCGUAGUUCACGCUAUUCCGUACAAUGGUGUAAAUACUGUAUUCGCAGAUAUUGAUUGAUACACAGAAUUAAAAAGAACUGCCACGUUGUAUUAUUAGUGAUUAACAAAAUUAAAAAGACUAUCAUAAAAAUAG